CUCCGCCCGUCGACAACAAUGCCCACGAACACGCCUAACAGACAACAGUGAUGGACCACGCGAACAGUGCAGCUGAAGAGACUCACGAGUUCCCUGACCAUCACCCAAGCAACUCACAAGAUGAUCUGUCAUCGAGUGUAGAUGAGAAAAGACAAGCACGUCAGAAGCGGAAGAGAACCAGCCCUGAUGAUCAGGCAGUACUUGAAGCUGCGUACAAGAAAGAUCCCAAGCCUGACAAGGCUGCACGCCUCCAGCUCGUCGAGCAAGUGGCAUUGACCGAGAAAGAGGUCCAGAUCUGGUUCCAAAACCGCAGGCAAAGCUGCAGACGAAGGUCUGGCCGACCUCUAUUGCCGCACGAAAUCGCGCAAUAUCAUAUGGCGAGGUCGACAGGUCUUGGCCACGACGACCUGGAUGGAUCGCUAGUCGCAGACGCAAACAUGCCACAAUUUGGCGACGAUCUCAGAACGGACAGGAGAUAUGAUCAGACUGCCACCAUAUCGGUAGGCCAAUACGAUGUACCGGACACAGGCGCGGCCCAGGACUCUACAACACCUCCCAACUCGCCGCCGCUAGCCCAGCUGCUCGCCUCAGGACCACCUCUAUCGAGAACAACUUCGACAUCAUCACCCAUAUUGACGAGAGUGCCAACGCACAUAGGCUACCUGGCUAAUCAACGAAGUGCACCCUCGUUACAUCGGAGCUUUUCGGAAAAUGCCACAACCCAUCCUGUAACGAAAGAGACUCCUGCUCCAAAAAGACCUCGCGCUAUCCGCCUGUCAAUGGACUCAGAAGGGAACGCCAUAGUCACCACAAAGGAUACUUCCUCGCCUUCACCACCACGUCCGCCGCAAUCCAUCUUAUUGCCCGAGCCAACUAGCAUACCCACUCCCGCGCUAUCCACCGCCAUGAGUGGCACCAAGCGAUCCACGAAUGGGCGUUCACGGGACUCACGAUCCUGGGAGUUCUGGUGCGACAAAGAGGCGCGCUCUGAACUUGAAAAUGUGGCCGAGAAGGAUUCUCAUGGCUCCGCGGCUGGUGCAAUAGGUCUGCUCCGGUCAGCGUCAGGGCGAAGUGUACUAAGUCCACUCAAUUCGAAGCGUAAUGCUCCAGCGGACAGUCACGGACACUCAGCGAAACGAUCAAAGCUUGGACAUAAGCGUUCUUCGUUACAGCGAUCGCAUACCUCCGCUGGUCGGCUUCAGGGCAAGACAGGCAGCACACACAUGCCAUCGAAACUCAAGCAUUCGGGCUCAGCAAUCACAGUUCGCAGAAGUGGCGCUGAUUCUGACAAAGAGAAUUGGUCGCCCGGUGUCAACUUAGGAUCUGACCCCGCGUCUGACGACUCGAACGAAGCGUACUUGGUGCCUAUGGCUGCCCCAAGGCAGAGUGGUAUCCGCCAAACCUUGUCGCCCAACAAGAAGCCGCGAACUCUCCGGGCCGGUGUGGACGACCCGGAGGCGGAUCCCGAACUGUCCUCAUUCAUGGCGAGAGGCCGUGAAAGCGGUGGCGCAGCGUCAGCAGAUGCGGACCUUGAUUGUAUACAAGGGCUAUUGCGCCUUAGCCAAGGCUCUUGGAAGAGAUAAGACGACUACUUCUUGUAUUCGCCUUGGAAGUAGCAGGCUUGGAUGAGUCUGCAGAAGCCGGUUGGUCCCAACGCUCUGCUGAUGCUGCGUUGAAUGUGAUCGCAGCAUCGGACGUGCCUCAGGGCAGGAAUAGCAAAUCAAUAUGGCACGCGUACAAGCAAGCUCGCCAUAGGCAACGCCAAUGCAUCUGGUAGAAGCCCGUGAAAGCAAUAGAUGCAGCUGUAGCUGUGAACAAGCUCGCAGGUCGUAGGGUAACAGCACCUAUCGCGAGUCACCGAAGCUGUGACUCGGCCGUA